AUGCAGCGUCAAUUUGAGGAGCAGCACGUCAAGGAAGCACAUGAGCGUGCAGCGGCAGAGCUGGAGCAUCGCAAGAUUGAGAAUCGCAAGGAAGCUGCGCGUGUCAAGAGACGAGCUCGCACAGCGGCACAGUAUGCGGCUGCUCAAGCACAAGCACUCAAGGAGGGUCGCAUCCUUCCGCCAAAACGCGGCAUCAAGCGAAGGCCAGACGACAAUGCCUCCUUUGCGGGAUCCGUAUAUGAUGACGAUGCUGAUUCUGUUUUGGAUGACGGGCCCGGAGUCGGACCCAUUGUGCCUCCCAAGCGUAACCUAGAUGCCUUGCAUGAUCAAGUUUGGAAGGAUCUUGCUAAAAAAGAAGUGCCCAAAGUCUAUCGGCUCAUGUUACAGCACCAGAACCAUCGCAAUGCCAACCACAAGAAGACCAUUCAGCUGUGUGCCAAGGAAGCGCGUCGAUGGCAGUUCAGGACCAACAAGAAUGUCAAGGAUAUGCAAAACAAGUGCAAGCGUGCAACGCGUGAAAUGAUGUACUUUUGGAAGCGCAAUGAGCGCGGCGACAAGUUGGAGCGGCAGCGUGCAGAGCGUGAAAUCAUCGACAAGGCAAAGAAAGAAGAGGAUGAGCGUGAAGCGCGCCGUCAAGCAAGGAAGCUCAACUUUCUGCUCACUCAAACUGAGCUCUACUCGCACUUUAUCGGCAAUAAAGUCAAAACCGCAGAAGCGGAACAGUCUGAGGAUACACAGGCUGAUGCGCGGCUGUCUGCUCCGAAAGUGGCAGAGCCUGCUCCAUUACAACCGGGCGAGGAGGCGCCUACUGCAGUCGACUUUGAUGCAGAUGAUGAUGCAGCCUUGCAGCAAGCUGCUGCUCGAAAUGCACAACAGGCUGUGCAAAGAGCCAAGGAGAAAGCACAAGGGUUCGAUACCGAUAGUGGUGCUCGUGCAAACCUGCCAGAUGCAGAUGCAAUGGACCUCGACUUCCAGAACCCAACGACACUGGGUGAAUCUAUCAUUGCUCAGCCAAAGAUGUUGAAUGCGACAUUGAAGGAAUAUCAACUAAAGGGUCUCAAUUGGCUUGUCAACUUGUAUGAGCAAGGCAUCAACGGUAUCCUUGCGGAUGAGAUGGGUCUCGGUAAAACUGUGCAGAGUAUCUCCGUCAUGGCGCACUUGGCAGAGACCUACAACAUCUGGGGUCCGUUUCUGGUGAUUGCACCUGCUUCAACCCUCCACAAUUGGCAGCAAGAGAUUUCCAAAUUCGUGCCAAGACUCAAGGCCCUGCCGUACUGGGGUAGUACCAAGGAUCGCAAAGUGUUACGCAAAUUUUGGGAUCGCAAGCGUGCAACGUAUACCGAGGAUGCACCGUUCCAUGUGGUGGUGACAUCCUACCAGCUCGUCGUUCAAGAUGCGCAGUACUUUCAAAAUGUUAAGUGGCAAUACAUGAUUCUCGACGAAGCGCAAGCCAUCAAAUCGUCGCAGUCGUCGCGAUGGAAGAAUCUGCUGGCUUUCAAGUGCCGCAAUCGACUCUUGCUGACGGGUACACCUAUCCAGAAUACUAUGCAGGAGCUCUGGGCCCUGCUGCAUUUCAUCAUGCCUGGUCUAUUUGACUCGCACAAUGAGUUCAGCGAGUGGUUCUCCAAAGACAUUGAAUCGCAUGCCCAGAAGAAUUCGGAGUUGAACGCCGAUCAGUUGCAGCGACUCCACAUGAUCCUGAAGCCCUUCAUGCUACGUCGUGUCAAGAAGCAUGUUCAAAAGGAGCUUGGUGACAAGAUUGAGCUUGAAGUCUUUUGCGACCUCAAUAUGCGCCAACGACAGCUCUAUCAAGCCUUGCGAAAGGAAAUUUCAACAAAGGACAUUCUUGACAAGGCAACAAGCGACAGUGACUCUGCUUUGUCCAGCUUGAUGAAUCUUGUUAUGCAACUUCGCAAAGUGUGCAAUCACCCAGACUUGUUCGAACGCACAGACGUCAAGGCACCCCUUGCGCUUGUCAAUGUGCCCAAGACUGGUUCAUUUGCAAAGGAAACCAAAGAAAUUGAGUUGAAGUAUGCGUCCACUGCAGCCUUGUCAUACACAUUGCCAAAGCUCGUGUACCGCGCAGGAGGCCUUCUUGAUGUACCUAAUGAGCACUCCAAGGCGGGCUUCAAUCAAAAGUACCUCGGCAACUUACUCAAUUUGUUCAACCCGGCAGAAGCCAAAUCCUCACGUCUUGCACGUCUAGCGGGGCUAUCGGCAUCAGAGGUCUGGCAAAUGCGACAGCACCCGCUGCAGGCACAGCUCACUGUGUGCCCAAAUGGCCGCCUCCAGACAUCAUCUCAAACACGACCCUUUUCAACAGACAGCGCGCUAGCACGUCUCAUGAAUAUCUCAAAGGCGUACUCUCGGUCACGCAACUUGCAUCGCGUUGAUCCGAUGUACGACCCCAAGGUCACUGCCCCGGCUGCUGAAAUCGCUUGCUCGGACUAUACCUUCUGUCGUCAACGAGAGCAAGCCUCGUUCGAUUUACCGACACGUCGUUUGCUCAAUGGCUUAUCAUUGCCGGAAGAGAAUGCUGUUGUGGACAAGAAGUUGCUCGUGACGCCAGUGCCGCCGCUCUAUCCACACACUGAUCAGGAGAAGCGCGGCUACAGUGGCAUUCGCAUGCCGUCGAUGCAAACCUUCAUCACGGAUUCAGGCAAAUUGGCUAAAUUGGAUGCAUUGCUUUCUGAGCUCAAGGCCGGAGAUCAUCGUGUUCUGAUUUACUUCCAAAUGACCAAGAUGAUUGAUUUGAUGGAGGAGUACUUGGUCUACCGACAAUACAAAUACCUUCGUCUUGAUGGGUCCUCCAAGAUCGCCGACCGUAGGGACAUGGUCACUGAUUGGCAGACCCGACCAGAGAUUUUCGUCUUCUUGCUCUCGACUCGUGCUGGAGGUCUUGGUAUCAAUUUGACUGCUGCUGAUACUAUUGUACUUUAUGAUUCUGACUGGAAUCCGACAGUUGAUGCACAGGCUAUUGAUCGAGCUCACAGGUUGGGACAAACGCGCCAGGUGACGGUUUACCGUUUGAUUACCUCUGGCACUAUUGAAGAACGCAUUCUCGAGCGUGCCAAACAAAAGGAAGCUGUGCAGCAGGUCGUCAUUGCUGGUGGCGACUACAAAGCAGGUACGACUGAUAGUGCAGGCGGCGCAGACGGUGCAUCGGCUGCUCCAAAGAAGAUUGAGUUUCAGUCAGCAAAAGGCAGUGGAGGCAGAGAUGUUGUCUCUUGGUUGUUGGAGGAUGGUGAUGCUGACCGCCUGCUGGAUGAGCGCGAUGCAACCUCUGGCGGCAACCAGAAUGGACGAAGCCGUAUGGCUGCGCCUGCCGCACUGGAAGCACUGUAUCAUGAAGGUGAGGGCAACUUCUCGGGCUUGCACACACCAGAUGAGGCCUUGUCUGCACCGACGAGUCCCAGGCUGGCCCCGGCGUCGGCAAAUAAAAAGAAGCGCAAGGCUGGAGAGGGAGGCUCUGCUAAGCGUGUUCGCAUUCAGGAGCUGUAG